AUGACGAAUCUCGACGUUCUCCCCAAUGAACUCGUCUGUGCGAUUUUCCUGCACUGUGAAUGUCCGCUGCAUUUCCUCCGGCUCUCUCGUUCGAUUCGGGCACGCAUCACCGACUCGGUAGUCGCAAAAUACCUGCUGAAAUGGCGGGGAUCCGACCAAGCACUGUCCAUCCUGUUGAGCCCUGCGUCUCAGGCACUGCCGGUCGAUCAAGACCAGAGCCAAGAGCCAACCCCGUCGGGCCAGCCGCCACCGCUGAAGGACAUGGAAACUCUUGCGGCCUACAACGCCCUGCUUCCCGUCCUCGUCCGACUGGGCGCCGAUGUCUUGAGCUGCGAUGGUGCGCUGUUGCGGUAUGCGCUACAAUCCGGUCGCUUCGAUGUCCUGAAGCUUGCACUGCACAAUAUUUGGCCGGUGUAUGCACCCGAAACGAUCCAGCGGACGUGGAGAGACUGCCUACAGUACGUUGCCUCUCAGCCGGAUCGCAACCGAGACAAACGAGACGACACCGACGAUGCUCGGUCGAACCUGGAUGACCUUGCUUCUGCGAUCAACUCUGGGGUGGCCAAGGGCUUUGUCUCACAUGCGCUUCUCGACGAGCUCCUGAUCCGCACAGCGCAGACCGGUCGACUGCCCGUCUUUCGGCUCUUUGUCGAGGCCGGCGGCAACCCAAACGCCCACUUGGACUCGCCUCUGUGCGUCGCCGCCAUUCACGGGCAGCUCUCGAUUGUCCGGUACCUGCUCGAGUGCAUCCCAGCCACCAACGUCCACGCCCAGGAUCACUUUGCCAUCCGCAAGGCGGCCGAGUCCGGCCACCUCGACAUCGUCCAGCUUCUGUUGCAGCACGGUGCCGAUGCAAGCGCAUGGACCAGUGCCGCUCUUGGGGCCGCCGUCCGGAGCAACUCGGUUGAGAUGGUCAAGUUGAUUGUGUGUAAAGGUGUUAAGAUCUACCCGUUUGUUAUCCGGAUGGCAUCCCACUUUGGAUUCAAGGAGAUUGAAGACAUUCUCAAGGCAGCGGCCUCCCCGGUUCUGGUCUGAGGCUAUUCGCCACAGUAGUGUUCUGGGGGCAUUAUGGCGACCAAUCGAUUUCGAUGUGCAUCCCACUAGUCGAUGCAUUGAAUCCGCCUGCCCCUCGCCUUCUGACAGCCGCACUUUGGCAGUAUUGCGACCACUGCUCUGUCUGAUCUACACA